AUGGCUUCCUCCUCAUGCGGGAAACGGGCCUCUGAUGAAGAAUGGCUGAAACACAAAUCCAACAUAGAACGCAUGUUCGUCGAGGAAAAGAAGUCUCUUGUCGAGACAAGACAGCGUCUAGAAAAUGACGGUUUGCUGGUCACCAAGGCACAGCUUGAAUACAAGUUGAAGCUAUGGGGGUUUCGCAGAAGAGUACCGAAAACCAAGAGCGAUGCCGUCUGGCAAUUCAUUGGUCGUCGUGUUCAACGAAGGAAGCAGCAAGGAAAAGAAACCCAGGUCACGUUUGGCAAGGAAAUUAUCGAUGCCGCCAAAGUCUGCAAAGAGAUUAAGCGGCACCACGAAACCACGAUUGCCAGAUUCAGUCAGCCGAGUCCAAUGACCCCUGAAGGCCUUGAGAUUAUCCUCAACACCCCAGCACCACUGCCCAUGCGAUUCAUAUGGCCAACCGGUCUGUCUUGGAGCAAUUUUGAAGACAAAUUUCCAUUCACCUUCUCUGCUCCCGGCUUGCUCCGGAACAUGAGCAACAUAUCAAAUGAUUUGAGAUGCCGGAAGGAAGACUUAUACUUCACCAACAUGCUACGCGUUUUUGCUCCUGAACAUGCGGCUGGAAGCAGCGUUGCUCAACUGGCUGCCGAAAUCGGAUCUGUUAUGCCCGAGACCCACGAAAAUGAGAACUUCGGUCGGGCUACUCGACUUCUCCAGGGCACGGCCGACGAACAGAGAUGA